CCUAGGUCCUCUGCGCUUUGGGCUCUGCAUCCCCCGGGGAGGAGCGUAGUCCUUGUCCUCUCAGACGCACGCAAUGAUCAGGGCUUGGUGACUGGACGAGUAGCCUUCGCCGGUUUCUCAGCCUCCCUGUGCUUAUCCGCCAAAGAGGCUCAUCGGAACGCCGGCGCCCCACGGGACUUGGCCUGGAGCAGCCAGGAGCCCAUCCCCGCUCCCUGGGGCCCGGCCCUGCUCCGGCGCGGAUGGGAGGCGGCGGGAGGAGCUGCAGGGGAUGUUCAGUCUGAUGGCCAAUUGCUGCAGCUGGCUCAAGCGGUGGCGGGAACCCGUCAGAAAGGUGACCCUUGUGAUGGUGGGACUUGAUAAUGCUGGUAAAACUGCAACAGCCAAAGGGAUUCAAGGAGAGCAUCCUGAUGAUGUAGCUCCUACUGUUGGAUUUUCCAAAAUUGACCUUAGACAAGGAAAGUUUGAAGUCACCAUCUUUGACUUGGGAGGUGGAAAGAGAAUUCGAGGAAUCUGGAAGAAUUACUAUGCUGAAUCCUAUGGAGUAAUCUUUGUUGUGGAUUCCAGUGAUGAAGAGAGAAUGGAAGAGACAAAAGAGACAAUGUCAGAAGUCCUAAGACAUCCUAGAAUAUCGGGAAAGCCUGUCUUGGUGUUGGCAAAUAAGCAAGAUAAGGAAGGAGCUUUAGGAGAAGCUGAUGUGAUUGAGUGCCUGUCACUGGAAAAACUAGUCAACGAGCACAAGUGCCUGUGUCAGAUUGAACCUUGUUCAGCAGUGUUGGGUUAUGGGAAGAAAAUUGACAAGUCCAUUAAAAAGGGACUUUAUUGGCUACUACAUAUCAUUGCAAGGGACUUUGAUGCCUUAAAUGAACGCAUCCAAAAAGAUACAGCAGAGCAACGUGCGCUUGAGGAACAAGAAAAAAGAGAAAGAGCUGAACGAGUUCGAAAAUUACGAGAAGAAAGAGAAGAAAGAGAGAGGGAGCAGUCGGAACUCCAUGGAAGCAACGUUCAGGCAGAGUUGGACCAAGAGCCAAUUACUGUCAACCCUUUCCAGCCAAUAGCAGCUGUGAUCAUUGAGAAUGAAAAAAAGCUUGAAAAAGAGAAAAAGAGACAGAAGAUUAAGAAAGACAGCGAAGGUUGUCCCCUGAAGCAGAGCAUGGAAUGGGAGCAAAUAGAGACCCACAGCCAGAUGAGUGACAUCAGCCAUAAGAGCAAUGAGUUUGGAAUAGUAGAAAAUUACGAGGAAGCAUUAACACAGCAGUUGGAGAAUGAAGAUGAGCAGUCUUCAGAAUCAGAUAAUGGUAAAAAGAAAAUGAAAAAGCUAAGAAUAAAAAGGAGUAACCGGGUAGAACCAGUCAAUACAGAUGAUUCUGUUCCUAAGAGUGUGACUCCACCCCCACCCCCUCCUCCUGUUGGCUGGGGAACCCCCAAAGUCACUAGACUUCCAAAACUUGAGCCUCUUGGUGAAACACGUCAUAAUGAUUUCUAUGGGAAGCCACUGCCUCCUCUGGUUGUGCGGCAGAGACCCAACAGUGACGCCCAUGACGUGAUCUCGUAACCACGUUCCUGAGGAUGACUUCCUUUACACGGACACAACGAAAGGGCGGAGGUGCUUCUUUUUCUAAGAAGAAAAAUCCUCACUGUUGAAGACUCGCAAGACAACCAUAGCCAUUCCACUGGAGAGCUUCUCCGGAACACACCUCAAUGAUCCGAAAAUUACUUAUCCAUAUUCUUCAUGGUUAAAAAAAAAGAAAGUAAAGUAAACCGUGUAAAUGAUAGGCAUUUGGACCACAUUAGCACAGUAGAGAAUUGACUCUGAUUUAUACGUGCCCAUUCAUGGUUAUAUUCCUUAAGCAAAAUCUCUUCAGAAAAGAAGCCACUUUCUUUACUAUUUGUUCAAUAGUCUCUAUUUCUAUAUAUUAGAUUUUUUUGUAAGAUACAUGUGCAUGUAAGGAAACUCUUGGAAAUUUAUAUCUUAAAUUUUUUAAUUAUUUUUUUAUUUUUCUAAAAAUUUUAAUUACUAUGAUAUUGUGUACUUUUCUAUAGAUGCUUUUUUUAAAGUUAUGGCUGAAAAGUAGACGUGGUUUAUUUUAUAGCUGUUAUCUAUACAAACAGAAUAUAUUUAUGGCUCAUAGUAAUGCUCUUGAAGUAUGCUUCUUAAUUUGAUAUAAUUUUUAAAUAUUCGUUUUUUUAAAAUAGCAUAAUUUUUUUUUCAAUUUGAAAGCCCUACGCAAGGAUAUAGUUCAGGAUUUUUUGGUGGUAAAAUUGUUUUCUCUGGUUUAAAUUAAUGAAAGAAAUUUUAAAUGCCUUUUUGACCUAGCAGUUUUUAAAUUAUUAAAAAUUUCAUAGAAUAUUAAUAAGAAUCGCAGUAAGCACCUGUUUUAAAUUCAGAGAUCAAAAUACUCAUGUCACCAUCUUGUUCUUUCAGAAGCUGGACAAACACCUCUAGGUUAUCCUAAUGCUGUCUUAAAGAUAAGAAAUAAGACCGAAAGAGCUUCUGUAAGUUCAGGGACUUCUGCUUUCCAACUGAGAAAUUGCUUGGGUACUGAAGCAAGAAGAACAAAAAUACUAGCUCAAACAUUACUUUUAUAUAGAGAUGAUUAACAAAAUAUUUUAUUGAUUUAAAACAAUAACAGCUCUCUUGCACUUAAGAAUGGAAUCUAUAUGAUGUUUUAUUUUUGGGGCAUAUAGGCAAAACUAUACACACACACUUAUAUUAAGUAAUGUGUGCAUAAUAUUGCCUUUAAAUAAGUGCACAUAUUUUUGUUAAGCUAAAAAUCUUGUGAAGAAAAUGACUUCUAUAUCACCUUGUUAAAAUUCCUGAGCUUGUUCACUAAUACUAACAAUUAUAUACUGGUAUUUGAAAAUAUUAACAAGUACUAACAAAGCAGUCUCAUAGAUUACUUACUUAUUAUUGAACUUUUAUUAAUCAUUUCACUUUGAACUUUAGUCACCAUUACAUGUAGCUUUAUCAGCUUUUGUACAUGAGAUCCAUAUAGCCCAGAGUAAGGGGAUUGAAAGCGUGCUCUGUCAGAUGUGAAAGUCAUAACAAUCUAAAUUUUCUAGGGAGCUGUAACGUGAGGGAAAAUAAUACAAAAAGAGAAUAAAUAAAUUUCUUAAUGGAUUUUAGGGGGGAGGAAAUUCAGUUGUGCGUCUUUUUUGGUUCCUUUGUAACAUAUUUAUUCAUUUAAGAAAUAAAAUUCAUAUUUUUUCCAUAUUUUUAAAUUCAUCUAAAUUGAGAGUAAGUGUAACACUAAAAUUCAUUUGUUUCCUACCUCUGAUUAGUCUAAUGUAUGGUAAUUACUAUAAGUCCAUUUCAUAAAAAUAUAACAAUGAUUUUGAAAUUAUAUGUAUAGGCAAAAUUAAUACGUUUUUAAUAUAUUAUAUAAUUAUUUUGUAUCCAUAAAGCAUUUUAAAAAAUACUUUUAAACGUGUUUUAUAAAUCCAGUUGGGUUUUAACAGAUGUCUUUAUUGUUAUGUGCUGCAGCGUCAUUCUGACUGAACGUGAACUGUAACAUUUUCACACAAUAAAGAUAAUUUGUUAGUAUGGUA